CAAAUCUUUUAUAAACUUCGUUUUUGUCACAUGAUUGUACUUUGCAAAUAUAAAUAUACGCAUUACUGGAAAACAAAAAAUCAGAAGUUCAGAUUUAUAGUUUUUGAUAGGCAAUUCAGUCUAAACUUUUGAAUUCAUUGUUUAUUUAUUCAUGUUCAAUGUUGUCAACACAUUAAAUUGACGAAAGGAAAACGUCACAACAUGAAAUGUUUUGUUUACUUUCUUUUCGUAAUUAUUUUAUGUAUUUCUGCGGAUAUAGUAAUUGAAAUAGAAAGGGUUGUUAAAUACAAGUCAGAUGGAGAUCCAAAAUUUAAUUCAUCAGAUUAUGAAGAUGAUGAUGAUGAUGAUGUUGAUGAUGAUGAUGAUGAAAUGAGCAAGGAAUUCGGUAGUUUUCGUUUGGGAAAAAAUAAAAAAGCCAAGAAGAUAGGUACAAAGGCAGAAGAUAUUCACAUAAACAAAUCAGUACCCAAAAGUUUCAAAGGAAACUCAAAUAUUAAGAAAAGUGGUAGUAAAAAUAAUGGUAUGGAUGACGAAAUUGAUCAAUGGGUUAAUUUCAAGCAUGAUAGCUCAUCAUUUAUGGGAGAUGAGAAUGAUGAUGAUGAAUUGAAUGAUGAGCGUAAAACUUUAGACCUGGAUAUGGAUAUGCCUGGGGAAUCCGAUAAGAAGACAGAAACUGAUAUGGAAAAGGCCCAGCAAAAGGUGACGUUGGUUCAGCAUGCAAAACAGAGAAAAGUGUAACUACCAUUAGAUAGUCAUUUUGGCGGAGGGAACAGAUAAUUAUAUAACCUUUACCAUUACAAUUAAUUUGAUAAUGGACUUGAUAAGUCUAUAUUAUUUCUAACGCUUAAACGAAAGACAAUAACCUGUAAAUUUAACUAAACAGACAAAUAAACCCUAUCAGUAUAA